AUGACAAUUCUCGAUGAGUGUCACAAGAAGUUAGCUGAUUUACAAAAACAAGUAACUCAAACAAGCAAAAAUGUUAUAAAUCGUACACAAAAGUGGCGACGUUUGUCAACUGUACCAUCUACAGAUUGUGAUGUUGUAGUAAUAUUUAAAACAGAACUUUCCGAAGAGAUUGUCGACUGGCUGAUAAAAAUUAUUAAUAACCGUGUACCUCAACUGGUCAUACAUAAACAGUUUCAUCGCACAUCAAGGCAGUAUGCGCUUUAUUUAACUGCUUCAUAUAGGGGUCUACUUACAGGUGCUGAAGAAUUAAGAAUUAAAAAGUCUCUAUUACCUGAACAUGGUGGUGGCUUACGUGAAUUUUCAGUUGAUGAAUUCAGUUUAUUCGAUAAUGUAAUGGAUGAGAAACUUUUUCUAUCAACCAGUGAACGUAGUAAUAUUGUUCAUCAUUUUCUGAUGAGUUUACGUGCUUGUCGCGAAGAUUCCGAUAUGUGUUCCAUUAAAUUUGCUAAUGAUCAAUGUAUGAUUCCAUCUCUUCAAUCCGCUGGUAUUAUCUUACAAAUAUUUCCAUUACACGAACCAAGUGAAUUAAAUAAGUUAACUAGUAUUUGGAUUCGUCGUUGGGUUGUCCUACAACCAUUAGAUGAAAUUAAAGAAUAUUUUGGUACAAAAGUUGCAUUCUAUUUUGCAUGGCUUGGCCAUUAUACAUAUUCAUUAAUAUUUCCAUCAGUUGUUGGACUUGCUGUUUGGUUAUUUGUUAAUCCUAACAAAAAUUCUUCAUUUUAUUAUUUAUUAAUGGCUAUUAUCAAUUUAAUAUGGACAUCAUUAUAUCUGGAACAUUGGAAAAGGACUAGUUCAUUUUUAGCUUAUCGCUGGGGUUCAUGGGAUACACCAAUUUCAUUAUUAGAAGAGCCUAGACCAUUAUUUAAAGGUAAAUUAUCUUUAUGCCCAAUUACCGGGAGACCUAUACGUACUUAUUCAAAAUGGAAACGUUUAUUAAUUUUAUGCUUCAUUACUACACCUAUUGUUCUACUUUCAUUAAUUAUUGUUAUUUAUAUCACAUUAAUGUAUGUUCGAUUACAAGAUAAAAUGAAUAUUUAUGCUGAUAAUAAUACAUCUGUUAUACCAAAUUUUAUAUUGGUGACUUUACCAAAGAUUUUCCUGGCUGUAUCAAUAUCAAUAAUGGAUUUUAGUUAUAAAAAAAUAGCUGUUUGGCUUACAGAUUUUGAAAACCAUCGUUUAGAAGAUGACUACAAUAAUCAUUAUGUAGUCAAGUUGAUUUUGCUUCAAUUUGUGAAUUCAUUUUAUUCCCUAUUCUACACAGCAUUUUAUCUGAAAGAUUUGGAAUUAUUAAGAAAGCAACUUGUAACAUUACUACUUACUCGGCAAAUAAUUGAUUCAAUCAGAGAAAUUUUUUUACCACUUGGUCACUCACGUUUACGACAAGUAUGGUUAUCAUUAAAAUAUGAACAGAGAUGCUUAGCUGAACGUAAUAAGUUAAAAUCUGAAGAUAAUAAUGGUUCAUUAUCAACAUUCAACCCUUCAUCAUCAUCAUCGUUAUCAUUAGCACAACCCAGUAAAACAGAUUCAGAUGUUGAUAAAUGUUCAAUAUUACCUGAAAAUAAAAGUCAAUGUGUUGAUAAUAACAUAACCAGGAUGGAUGUUGAUGUGAAUUCAGAAAUCCUUAUCCAUCAACGAAUCCAAAAAGUCACUGAAAAAAAUGAGUUAAACAAUAAUUCAAAAUCUUUCGAUAAUUCAGAAGAAACACGAAUAACACCCGCUGAGAGAGAAGCUACACUGUUACGUUAUGAAGAUCCAACCGAUGAUUUCUUAGAAAUGUUUAUUCAAUUCGGUUAUGUAAGUAUGUUUACUGGCAUAUUUCCAUUAGCCGGUUUAUUGGCUUUUAUGAAUAAUGUAAUUGAAAUACGAGGUGAUGCAUAUAAAUUAUCAACUAGUUAUCAACGUCCAUUUGGUCAAUUUGCAAAUAGUAUUGGUAUUUGGCAAUUAGCAUUAGAUGUUGUCAGCUAUAUAGCUGUCAUUGUGAAUAUUGCUUUACUUGGCAUAUCUGGAACUGUACAACGUCUGUUUCCUAAUUUAUCUGCUUCACAGUUGAUUAUUUUUCUUGUUCUGAUUGAACAUGCAAUAAUCAUAACACGUGCUGCGAUCAGUGCACUUGUUCCGCAUACGCCUACUUCUGUUGUACUUCAGAUAGCUAAAUUAGAGCAUCGUAGACGAGAAGCCCUUAAGAUACUUGAACGUGAAUCGAUGCGUGAACAUCAACGUCAACAAUCACCUUCUAAUAUAUGA